AUAUGGCCGUUAUCGUCCAUGGUGGAGUCCUUUAUCGAAAAAACAAAAGGGAUGGCAAACAGCAUGGUGGCGCUAUGCCCAGCAAUGUAUCCUUUCAGAUGUUCAUAAAAGAUUGAAGAAAACUUCUUGGACGUACCUUGGAGAACGGCUAAACCGUCGGCGGAGGUAUGUCAACUCGUACAAACUUAAAUUGCAACGCCUUCAGCAAGAGCAGGUAAUAGAUGAUGAUAUUGUUCGAGAGUUGGAGCAAAUGGAAAAAGAAUCCGAUAUAGAUGAUAUCUUAACCUAUAGGUCUGCUGCUGAACGUGAGUUGCAGGAAUUACUGGUGAAAUCUUCCUCCUGCUCUGGAACUAAUGAUACCAAUAUUGGUAUAGGGAAGUCACUAGAUAAUGAGCAACUGUCUAGCAAGCCCCGUGGUUGGUUAAACUGGUUGUCACGUGGAAUGCUUGGUGCUGGGGGAACAGAUGAUUCUAGCCAUUUUUCUGGUGCUGUAUCAGAUGAAGUAAUCAAGGACAUUUAUGAGGCAACCAAAUUUCACCCUGCGCCUUCACCUAACGUGGAUGCUGCUGGGAAUGAUGAAAUUUACUUGUCUUCAAUCAAGUUCAACAUUCAUCGAUUUUUUGCAACACUGCGGAGCAUGAAGUUUGGUCAAUCAAUUGCUGAGUUGAUUUUUGAGGGAAUUUUUGUUGAGUGUAAGAUAUGGGAGGAAUCUGCAGUCAUUAUGGGCUCAGUCAACUCUGCUGAGAUGCUUAAUCCACUGAACCAGCAAGUCAUUUUACGUGUGAGAGAGCCAAUUAUUGAGGAAAAAUUGAUAGGAAAAAAGCAACCUUCUCUGAAUAUUCGGGUUGAUGUUUCUCGGGUAGAUAGUGAGGUUGGCUUAUCAGUAAAGGUAUUUUAG